CUUUGAAGACCGAUGAAGGGUCGACACCAGUUUCGUCGACGCUUCAGCUUGCAGCCGUCCUUCUUGAAGGAGGAGCAGGAAGACGAGAGGAAUUCGCAUCCGCCCAGCCUGAAUGAGAAUCUCAGAUGUCAGAGUAUACCGGAAACGGAGUCGGUGCCCUCCGCCGCGCAAACCGCACCACAGAAAAGCCCUAGAAACUCGCCCAAACGAAUCGUGUCCCAGAGGAGCGAGGAUGCUGAGUCUUUGGAGAAGGGUGUUGCAACUGCCAACGUCAGACACAAGAUCGUGGUGAUGGGAGCCGCAAAGGUCGGAAAAUCGUCCUUGAUUUCCCAGUUUCUUUAUGGCACUUUCUCGCCAAAAUAUAAGAGGACCGUGGAGGAGAUGCAUCAUAGCGACUUCAAUGUAGCUGGCGUCCAUCUGAUGCUUGACAUCCUUGACACCUCAGGGGCGUACGAAUUCCCCGCGAUGAGGGCGCUAUCCAUAUCCUCCGCUGACGCCUUCAUCCUUGUCUACGACGUUACGGAUGCUAAUACUUUCGAGGAGGCUAGAGCUCUGCGAGACCAAAUCCACGAGACCAAAGGCGGAACGGAUAUACCAAUCGUCAUAGUUGGCAACAAAGUCGACUUGGUCGGAAAUCGCGAGGUGGAUACGGCCACAACGGAAUCUGUUGUAACCGUGGAUUGGGAAAACGGAUUCGUCGAGGCUUCUGCCAAAGAGAACAUCAACGUGAGCAAGGUAUUCAAGGAACUGUUGGUACAGGCCAAAGUCAAGUACAACCUGAGCCCGGCCCUGCGACGGCGACGACGGCAAUCAUUGCCCUUGCAUGCAGGAGGACCAGCAGGACACGCCGCUCCAUCACACAACAACCCAUCGUCCACCGUAAUCCCUUCAGCGGUGCAGCUGCAGCACUUGCAGCAGAUCCGUGACCGUCACGGCAAAAGAAAUUCAUGUAUCAUAUCUUAAGCAGCAUGAUAAUUUACCGACAAAACAAAUAUAUCUAUUUUCUUAAACUUCUUUCAGGUGCUCAGCGUGGCAGACUACGUACCACAUGUGACGGUAUAACUGUAAUUGAUUUUAAAAUCUACAUUGUUUUUUUUUACUUCUCGUAGAUACGUAGAUUCAACAUUAGCAAUUCGGUUUUCAAUUGAAUUUAACUUCCAGUUUUCCACGCUCCGCGACCGCUCUCCCUGUCUGCGUAUAUACAGAUAUCAUGCAUAUAAUCUCACAUGAAUUUUAAUGAAUCGCCGCUACACCAAAAUGAAUUCAAAAUUUUCAUUACAAACCGAAUAUCUAUUAUGCAAAUUUAUGCAGAAUAUUGAGUGAAUUCCGUGACCAAUUUUUUAAAUUCCAAAAUCCAUAAAUCUACUGUGUUUUUUCAUUGUAUUUAACGUUAAAAUUAUACAUUUUACUAUUAUAAGUAUAUCAAUCUUAUAAUUGUAAUAAAUCAACCAUAAUAUGAAGUCUAAUAUAAAAAUAAAUUGUUUGCCAACAAGAUUAUCUUUGUAUGCUGAAACAUGAAGUUGUAAAAUGCACGAACAGGAUCCACCGAUGCACAUCAUCCGAUUACUUUUUCAUAAGGACUCUAAAUCACGUUAACAGGUUAUUGCUAUGUGUAUACAUCAUGUAAGGUUUCCUAGUAUUCCCCUUUAUUCUUCCUCAUCAAUAUUUUAUAUUAAAUUGAAACACAACGCGUUUAAAAAUAUUUUCUUUUAUAUUUCGUUCAUUCUUAUAGUUCCGACCUUUACUAAUUAAUAGUCUCUUUUAUAAAUAAAAUGAGAAUCCAUUUUUAUUGCAACUUAUUAAAAUCUAGAAUUUCUAAAGUGGAAACUACUUUCAACAUUAAAUCGAUUGGUGUAGCUAAACGUGCCAAAAAGAAUAUCAUCUAGAAAUGAAAUAUCAAAAUGUGUAUAUAAAUACAAAAAUGAACAAAAAAAACUGAGUGCAAUAAUAUGUCUGUGAGAUUAUAUUAACUCUACAGAUAGUUCUUCCAAAUUCUCUCGUUUCCAAUUUGUAUUGACUAUAUAUAAUUUUCGUAACUAUUUUAAAUAACCAACAACUUGAAACACCAUGAUAAUUGUUAUUGUAAUUUAUGAUCAAUUAGGUGCUAUGUACAUGUAACAGAAUACCAAUAAAUGCGGAGGAAAGGCGUAUUUAUAUUUAAGGAAACACGGCAAGAAUGAGUCAUAGUAAAUAAAAUAAAUCCAUCUAAGAUAAUAUCUUUCUCGAAAUCUUGAGCUUUCAGCAUUGUGUUCAUUGCAAACAAAGUAAAUAUAUGUAAUAAUAAUUGUGUGAAUACCUUCGUAACUGAUGAUUAAUUAUAUAUGUAUACUAUAUGGUCGCUGAAUUAACUUAACUUUCUUGUUGUCAACCGAAGAAGAUAAAUUAAAAAAAAACGCUGAUGUCUUGAAUUUGGAACAGGACAUUAUAUCUUGAAGCUAGAUAUAAUUAU